AUGCAUAUCAAGGCAUUUCAACUCCUCGCAGCACUCACUGUCGCUCUUCCGGCGGUCCAUGCCUGCGUAGGCAAGGACGCCCUGCCCAAGGCUACAGAAACCAUCACCAACUCGGCGCCCAUUGAGGUCCCCGCGGGCACGACUUACGAUGGAAAGAAUGCGCGUUUUGAUAGAGGCGAAGGUGCCUGUAAAGAGCAAACAGAAGGAGGCCAGGCAGACACUGUCUUCUUACUCCGCAAGGGUGCGACCUUGAAAAAUGCGAUCAUCGGCAAGAACCAGGGAGAGGGUGUCUACUGCAUCGGCGGAGGUUGCACUAUCGAGAAUGUGUGGUUUGAGGAUGUGUGCGAGGAUGCCAUCUCGAUGUAUGAUCGCCUCACCACCCUGGAAAUUAUCGGCGGUGGUGCGUACCACGCCUCGGACAAGAUUGUCCAGCACAACGGAUGCGGCAGCGUCAGUAUCACAAACUUCUAUGCAGAGGACUAUGGCAAGGUCUACAGAGCUUGCGGCACUUGCGAGAAAUGCAAGCGGACCGUCACUGUUUCUGGUGUGUCUGCUUACGGCGGUGGCGAAAUAGUUGGCAUCAGCAAGGACACUGGCGAUGUGGCAACACUGACCAACAUCUGCACAGACGCCAAGACCCCUUGCCAGCUGUACAGCGGUCCUGGUGAGAAGGCUGGAGCUUGCUAA